AAGAAAUUUUACUUAAAAAAGUAAGUUGACAUCCAUAUUCAUAUACUCUGAAGUCUACUUUAUAAAGGUAAAGAUGUACAGGUACAAAUUGUUGACCUCUCUCUCUUGAUCUUUGCAUCCCAAAUUUGUAACACAAUUUAUGAUUGGGCCCAGCCCUUAUGAUUCAUGAAUGAAGAAGAUGUAGAGAUAAUCUCAGACAGAAUAAUAAAGGAAGCAGUUAGCUAUGUUGUUACCAACUUGCAUCAGCAAAAAUAAUCGACUUCAUCAGGGAGAGUCUGUUCAAGCUCCUCCACCAGUUGUUGACUAAAAACAUGGGUAAAAGAGAAUAUAAGAAAGCAAGCAAGUAAAAAAGUAUGUUCAAGUGAAAUUCUAAAGGACUUAUUCUGACUCAAGAGCCAAGCAAGUAAAAAAGUAUGUUCAAGUGAAAUUCUAAAGGACUUAUUCUGACUCAAGAGCCACCAGUGGGAUCUGAAAGUUGCAUUUCUCAGACAACUUAGACAUGCUAUUUAGCUCCAUCACAAGAGACAGAGCAUGUGGAGAAGAAAACCCCAGAAGAUGGAGUGUUUGUUUCGAUAAGAAUACUAAUUGUUUUUCUUCGUACAUUGCUUAUGAGAUUGCUGUAACCUUCACGGGAAGAUUUCAGCCGUAUAAAAGCCGAUUUGUCUUAUUGCAAAACAAAAAGACAAAAAAAACAAAAAAAAGCAAUGGAGCUGUUACGUUCACACAACAGCACUUGAUCCAAAUCCAAAAUGACUAUCUUGUCUUGUCUUGUCUCUGCAAAAAAAAUCAUGUCUUUACUCUCUUAAACCCUUUCGCCUACCGAAUCUCCUCUUUUCAGCUCUCUUCUUUUUUAUCUUCAAUGAUUCCACUCUCUCAAUUUCAAUCAACUCCCCCACCCCAAUGACUGCAAAACGUAUAGACAGAGACUACCCUUCUUCCAACAAUUUCUCCGCCGUUAAACGCCGUAAAGAUCUCGACUUUCCUCACGAGACAACACUCGAAGACGACGACGGCGGCGCGAUCAACCUCCUCAGCCUACUCCUACAAUGCGCCGAAUACGUCGCCACAGAUCAUCUCCCUGAAGCUUCCACCCUCUUGUCCGAAAUCUCCGAGAUAUGCUCUCCGUUCGGCUCCUCCCCGGAGCGAGUCGUUGCCUACUUCGCGCAGGCGCUUCAAGCGCGCGUCAUCAGCUCCUACCUCUCCGCCGCGUGCGCUCCACUCUCCGAUAGUCCACUCCAGUCUCAGAGAAUCUUCGCCGCCUUGCAGACGUUCAACUCCGUGAGCCCUCUGAUCAAAUUCUCGCAUUUCACGGCGAACCAAGCAAUUUUCGAGGCGCUUGACGGCGAGGACUCCGUCCACAUCAUCGAUCUCGACGUGAUGCAAGGCCUUCAAUGGCCUGGACUCUUCCACAUCCUCGCCUCUCGUCGUCAAAAGCUCCGAUCAAUUCGUAUCACCGGAUUCGGACCAUCCUCCGAUCUCCUCGCCUCCACCGGCCGGAGACUCUCCGAUUUCGCAGCUUCCUUAUCCCUCCCCUUCGAGUUUCAUCCAAUCGAAGGAAAAAUCGGAAACGUAAGUCAUCAACUCGGGACGAGACCCGGAGAGGCCGUGGUGGUUCACUGGAUGCAUCACGGGCUAUACGACGUCACUGGGAGCGAUCUCGAUACGCUGGAGAUUAUACAGAGGCUGAAACCGAAUCUUAUAACGAUGGUGGAGCAGGAACUGAGCUGCUACGACGACGGAGGAAGCUGCUUUCUAGGGAGAUUCGUGGAGGCUUUGCAUUAUUACAGCGCGUUGUUUGACGCGCUUGGGGAUGGAUUGGGGGAGGAGAGUGGAGAGAGAUUCACUGUGGAGCAGAUUGUGUUUGGGACGGAGAUAAGGAACAUUGUCGGAGGAAAAAGGAGGAUGGUGAUGAGGUGGAAAGAGGAGCUGAGUAGGGUGGGGUUUAGACCCGUUUCGCUUCGGGGAAACCCGGCUACGCAAGCGGGUUUGCUGUUGGGUAUGCUGCCGUGGAGUGGGUAUACUUUGGUGGAAGAGAAUGGAGCUCUCCGUUUGGGUUGGAAGGAUCUCUCGCUUUUGAAUGCUUCCGCUUGGCAACCUCAACCGUCCGAUUGACUUUUUUAUUCCAUGUUUUUCUUCAUUUUUUCUAAACAGUAUUUAUUUUUUUCUUUUACACUAGUAUUUUAAAAAAUAAGGCAAGGUUGGUGGAAUAAUACUUCAAAACUAAAAUUUUCUAUUCUUAAUAACCCCUGUUCGUUUCUUAGCCGCAGCAUAAGUGGGGAGCGAUCAAUUAAUAUCAAAAGACAUGUCAGCAGCACUUUAAAUUGCAGCUCCGGUGAAACUACUUUUCAGUCGCAGCGGCAAGACGCAAUAACUAAAUCCGACGCCGGAAAUAUUAGCGUCAGCAGCGUCUUCUUUUUCAGUAGCUGCGGCAAAGCUACAAUGAUCAAAUUCACUUUUGAAAUCAUUCAACUUGUCUCUGUGAAUAGUUUAUUUUGUGAGUGUUUAAAGUUGAAAAAUCUGAAAGUGUAAAAUUAU